GAGCGCGACUCCAUCAAGCCCUACCUGACGUGUACGCUCUACAGCCCGCUCGCCGCCGACGACGCCAACAACGGCGAGGGCGAGCCCGCCAAGCGCAAGACGGCGCCCUACCGCCACCACAAGCUGGGCUUCCUGCACCGCGGCGAGAACCCGCACGCCACCGACCCCGUCUGGGACGAGACGCUCGAGUGGGAGUACGAGGACAACGAGCUGGUCUUUCUGCGCAUGCUCAUCAAGAGCGACGACAGCUUUGCCCGGAACCCAAAGUUCGCCGUCCUGGCGGUCAGGCUGGCGUAUGCGGAGCCGGGGUGGACGUUUCUGCGCAUGAUGGAUCUCAAGGGCAAGGAGACGGAUUGCACGCUGCUCGUCAAGUUUGAGUUUGAGGAUCUGUGA